AUGGAGGUUUUCACUGACGGCUCGGUGGCGUCCGAUGGAUCAUCAUCUGCAUUUUACAUUCCGGAGGAGGCAUACCAGCGCGGUUUCAAGCUGCUGCCCGCGCUGUCAUCAACCGAAGCAGAAGCCUUUGCUAUCUUAUCUGCUCUGCAGGACAUCUCUUCGAUGACACCAAGAGCGUGGACUAUUCUUUCGGAUAGUAAGUCAGCUUUGGAGGCCCUGGAGUCGUAUUCCCCCAAAGUUAUCAACGACAUCUACACGGAGAUCCUUUGCCCGCACGCCACGCUGUCGUCUCUAGGUCACAGUGUGUGGUUCCAGUGGAUUCCAGGCCACGUUGGUAUCUCGGGGCAUGCCCUUGCCGAUUCUGCGGCCAGGAGUGCUCGUGCAACUGGGUCUCCCACUUCUGCCCUGCUUACGCCGUCUGCCUGCCGGCUAGCCAUUCACCGCUACUGCAGAAAUAGCUCUCAGGCCUUUUUUCAAGACGCUGCCAGGACGAACCCUUUUCUGCGCUCGAUUGACCCUACGAUGACCCACACACUAGUAGGCCGCUACACCAGGGAGGAAGAGUCCUUGCUCCACAGGCUUCGACUGAAUGUGGCGCGUACUCCACUGCUCCUGUUUAAGAUGGGCCACCUUUCGUCACCCAAGUGCCCCACCUGUCAUGUCGAAGGAGACAUCCCGCACUUGCUGCUCCACUGCACCCGUUACCGCCAACACCGUCUUAUACUACGGUCGCGCAUUGCUUGUCUGAGGAUUCCGGACUUUUCCCUAGCUACGCUGCUAGGCCCCACACAAUAUAGUCAGGUGACAAAGGCACUUCUUCAGUUUCUACGGAUCAGUGGCCUUCUGGGAGAACUGUGA